AUCAAAUUGAAAGUAGGACAAUACCAAACCACAAUUUCUCUUGUGUCAAUAGAAACAAUACUGGUAUUUUAAUCACAAAUUUUGUAUAUGAAUAAAGUGCUAGUACUAUUAAAGUAUUAAAGAUGAGAUUGAUGCAGUUCUUACUGGUUCCCAUGGCAGUGUUGUGUUUUACAAUGGCAACAGAGGACAGGGAGGAUUGGAUUGAUCCUCAUGACCUUCUCAACUACGAUCCAGCAUCUAAUCGUAUGCUUAAAAAGGAACAGAUGAAAACUCCUGAUUUGAAGCAGACAGAGGACACAACUGAUGAGAAUCAACCACUUGACAUAACUCCACCGUCCCCAACACAUGAAGCAUCACAAGACAUACACAACUCUGAACCUUCUGCAGCAGGAGAUGCCAAUCAAUCUACUGACAAUGAAUGCAAAUGUCCAUCCUGUGAACAGUUGGUGUGUCCAGAGCCACAACAAUGUAACCAGGGGACCUGUCCAGUAUGUAAACUGGAACCUUGUCUUGAUACUGGGGGCAGCGACAAGGCUGCUGUUCCACUCCUCAAGCAGUACAUUGCUGUGUUGUUAAAGCAUAUAAAUGAUCAGGUACCUUUGCAAGGAUCCCAAGACUAUAUGAUGCACGUUACCCUCACAGCUGAUCGCAUCACAAUCCUGGAGAGGUUUGUCAAGGGAGGUAACAAGCAGCAUGUACAUGAUGUUCACGAGGUGCUGGGGGGAAUGAUCCACCAUGUUGCCUCCUCAAACCUGUCACGCAUGGAGAAAAUGGCCCUCUGGCUGGAGAACAAGAUUGGCUUGAAACUGGAUAGACUUAUACAGUUCUUCAUGCUUGUGGCACUUGCAUCCAUUGUUCUACUGGUUGAGGUGAGGAUCGGUAUCCCGUGGCGUAAAAGGGUGGGACAGCUGAUUGUCCUCAUGUUUGUUGUCAGUAUUCCCUGGACAUGGCUGGAGCUAUACAAGCAAGCGGAGAUAAAGCAGCAGUCAAUGGCAACAAGGACCACCCCGUCUGAGUGUGAGAAUGGAGAGCAGGACUACUGGACAAGUCUGAAGUCAUACUUCACGCUUCAAGACGACAAGUGUCUCGAGUAUUAUGAGCAUCUUAUGAUUGACCCUGUCAUUAAGGUUCCUCCUACCAAGGCUAUUGGUGUGACAUUUGUGAGGUUCUUCGUGGCUCCUCUGAAGGACGUUGGAGCUGCCAUGAGUGAGUUUAUCCGCGCACUUCUCAUUGACCUUCCGUUGACCUUGUACCCAAUUGCCAUAGCGAUGGUGUCCAUCUUCCUCUUCAUGAUACUCUUCAUGUGGUUCGGCUACAGUAUCAGGCUCCCAUUCUUCCUCACAAUAGAGAGGAGCCCAGCAGUUGUGGCUGGAGACAGUGGGCUACAUCAGGCAUUACAGGACAGCACACAGCAAACCAUGGCUCAGUUGGAGAAAUUGCAGGAGCGCCUGGUUUACACAGAGAGCGAACUGACUGACCGUCUCAAUCACCUACAGCGUACACAAGAGGCCGCCAUAGAGUACAAUGUCUCGUCUGACUCUCCUGUCAUCUCUCCUACCAUUUCUGUAAAAACUCCAACCAGUAGUGCUUCAGCGUCUCCAACUAAAGUGUCCUACACACCAGCCAUCAGUGUUUCAGUUAGCUCAACAAAACAGUCAAACAUACAACACCAAAAUAGACCAGUCAGCCCAACAAAACAGUCCAGCAUACCAAAACCAUCCUUCUCAGCAAUUACAACUCUGGCUGGUGGUCAAAGUUCAUCCCCUCCUAAAGAGGAGUUAGAGGUCACUCCAAGGUCAAGGUUAGCACAAUCUUCAAGGUUAUCACCAAGGAAGGCUAACACAAGACCGGUGAAAUCCUGUGACAAUAAUGGCCAAGCAUGUAUGGAAGAUUCAAAGAACACUGGAAGAGAGAAACCUAUUUCGGGAAAGAUUAAAGGUGAUGCUGAUAUUGCUGAACUAGAUGGCACGAGUGAAAGUGUUGAGACAUUAUCUCACUGUGAUACUGACAAUUCUGUGCCAAAUUUGUAGCAUAUGAGAAACUUUCAUGUGUCAAAUUUGAUAGUAAAUCUAGAAAAUCUACAUUUGUACCUGUAUAUGGGUACCAACUGUAUUAUUGAACUUGAAUCAGCAAAAUGUAUUAUAUUAUUUACUUUUACUUUAUAUUGUGGUAGUCUUCCAUAACAUUAUAUUAUACAUUGUUUAUUGUGUUGUAUCUAUUGUGAUGUGCUUUCUUGUGGUUGUGCUGUUUUGUUAGCUCACCGGAUCAUAUAGUGCUCAGGGUGAGUUUUUCCUAUCGCCAACUGUCCGUCACCAAUUGCUUUAAUCAACAUUUCCUCCUAAACCAACUUGCCAAUUUAGAUGAAACUUCACUGGUAUGUUCCUUGAAUGGUGCCCUUUCAAAACGUUUACAGAAAUGAAUUCCAUGCAGAACUUUGGCUGCCUUGGUAACCAAAAGGAAAUAUCUUAGAUAUUUGAUGUGUCACAUUGUCUAGUGUUCCUCUACCAAGUGUGUUCAAAUUAUGCCCGUGGUCAAAACUGGUCCCGCCCCAGGUCACAAUUUCCUAAUACACUAAUAUACAAAAAAAUUUGAAAAUUCUUAUAUGAAAUGGCUCUGCCCUAACCAUUGAUAUUUUGUAUGUGUUAUUAUAUAAUGGUCCUCUGUCAAUUUUGCUAAAAUAAUGCCUGGGAUCAUGUGUACAGUUUUGAAAGAAAAUAUUAUUAUCAUCCUUUGAUGACAGCAAUGAAAUUUGGACCAUGUCCCAUGGUGUAUAAGUUUGAAAACUAAUAUCAAUGUUGUCUUUGGAUAACCUUUACCGUGUCAUUUUGACCUACUUUCUUUUGAAGCUGCAACAAUAAAAUUUGGACCAUGUGUUUAGUUUUGCAAAUAAAUAUUAAUGUUGUCCUCAUAUGAGCUAUACUUGACCUUUUGACCUACUUUCUUAUUUUUGAUGCUACAGAAAUGAAAUUUAGACAAUAUGUGCAGUUUUGCAAACAAAUAUCAACGAUGUCCUCCGAUGAACUAUCCUCAGAUGAGCUAUACUGUGAACUUUUGGCCGACAUACUUAUUUUUGAAUCUACAGCAAUGAAACUUAGACCAUGUGUACAGUUUUGAAAACAAUUAUCAAUCUUUGCUUGGAUGGCCAGAACCACUUCAAUAUUUGACAUACUCCAUCAUACCCGGUAGUUUAAUCCCUAGUUGCAUUGCCAUAAACGUAUGACGUCAUUUAUUCUCAUAAAAAAAACAAAGGUCAGGUGAGCGAUUUUGGGCCAUCUUGGCCCUCUUGUUUUAAUUGCAUUUAGUUUUGUGCAAUGACAUGCAUGUACAAUUUCAUAUUGAUCAAAUCUGUGAUUUAAUUUUUCAUGUAAGCAUUCAUUAUUGGUAGCUAUCUUCUUUUUUGUUCAUAAUAUAAACACUUGAAAAUUUA